GCCCUUGUGGAGCUUGGCUCCUUUAUACUCGCCGACUGGCUCUGUUUUCCUGACAUUUCCGCUCUCUCCAUUUCACUGUCUACCUCCCAAGUCUCGACGAUGGCAACCUCUAAUCUUCCUUCGGGUUUCUCCAUGUUGAAGUCGGACCCCACUAGGAACUCUGAUCUCUGCACUUCAAAAUAUCUGGGCCAGCUUUUAUUUGAUUCCAAAUCCAGAAGAAAAUGCAUCCGGCUGCCAACUUUGGCUGUGCCCUCGAUGAAGAUUGUCGAGCAUAGCCAGAGUAGCGAUAUCAUGUCUCCCAAUGGUUACGCGACCGUUGACCAGAUAAAUUCUUCAUUUGAGCUGCAUAGUAGCUUUGCUUCAGGGCUGGCAGAGGCAAAUUUAAAUGCACUCAGAAAAACUAAGAUUGUUUGUACGAUAGGUCCUUCUACUAGCUCACGUGAAAUGAUAUGGAAACUGGCUGAAGCUGGAAUGAAUGUGGCACGCUUAAAUAUGUCACAUGGGGACCAUUCAUCACACCAGAAAACCAUUGAUUUGGUAAAAGAAUACAAUGCUCAAUUUGAAGAUAAGGUUAUAGCUAUAAUGCUUGACACCAAGGGUCCUGAAGUUAGAAGUGGGGAUGUUCCUCAACCAAUCUUACUGAAUGAGGGCCAAGAAUUCAAUUUCACCAUUAAAAGAGGGGUCUGCAAAAACGACACAGUUAGCGUAAAUUAUGAUGAUUUUGUGAAUGAUGUGGAGGUUGGAGAUAUACUACUGGUUGAUGGUGGAAUGAUGUCACUUGCUGUUAAGUCAAAGACAAAUGAGUUGGUAAAAUGUGAAGUCAUUGAUGGUGGAGAAUUGAAAUCAAGGCGUCACUUAAAUGUCCGUGGAAAAAGUGCAACACUUCCUUCCAUAACUGAAAAAGACUGGGAAGAUAUCAAGUUUGGGGUGGACAAUCAAGUCGAUUUCUAUGCUGUCUCAUUUGUAAAGGAUGCUAGAGUAGUUCAUGAGUUGAAGAACUAUCUCAAAAGUUGCGAUGCUGAUAUACAUGUGAUUGUCAAAAUUGAAAGUGCUGAUUCAAUACCAAAUCUCCAUUCAAUACUUUCAGCUUCAGAUGGGGCCAUGGUUGCUCGUGGGGAUCUUGGGGCUGAACUCCCAAUAGAAGAUGUUCCUUUAUUGCAGGAGGACAUCAUUAAAAGAUGUCACAGUAUGCAAAAGCCAGUAAUUGUGGCCACCAAUAUGCUGGAAAGCAUGAUUGGUCACCCUACACCAACAAGAGCAGAAGUUUCAGACAUUGCAAUAGCAGUUAGAGAAGGUUCUGAUGGAAUCAUGCUUUCCGGAGAGACUGCACAUGGAAAGUAUCCACUGAAAGCUGUAAAAGUAAUGCAUACAGUGGCACUAAGGACAGAGUCAAGCGUUCGAAGCAGUGUCACUCUUCCCAAUCAAUUAAGUUCCCACGAGAGCCAUAUGGGAGAAAUGUUUGCUUUCCAUGCAACAAUUAUGUCUAACACCCUUAAUAAUCCUGUAAUUGUUUUUACCAGAACAGGAUCCAUGGCUAUUCUCUUGAGCCAUUAUAGGCCCCAUUCGACAAUCUUUGCAUUCACAAAUGAAGAGAGGAUUAAGCAGAGGCUUGCACUUUAUCAUGGUGUCAUGCCCAUCUACAUGCAAUUUUCAAAUGAUGCAGAGGAAACCUUCUCCAGAGCUCUCAAGCUACUGUUGAGAAAGAGGCUUGUAGAGGAGGGACAGCAUGUUACUCUUGUUCAAAGUGGAGCACAACCAAUCUGGCGUAAAGAAUCUACUCACCACAUACAAGUUCGUACGGUUCAAGGAUGAAGAAAUUCCUCUCUGAACUAGCUUUGUCUCGUUAAGAUAUUUUACAGUGAGAAGUUUUAUUAAUGUUUCAUUACUUUUUUUUUUUUGGCUCUUGUCAUUCCUCGAAAUAUAGCUAUGGAUUUCUGAAACUCCGAAAUUGAAUACUGUUUGCAUUCUCAAAUCCAAGUGGGGGCUUAGCUGUUGCCCACUCAAAGCUUUGUCUAAUUUUUGUUUACACAAUCAAAGGCAUCUUGAUCUUUUUCUUCCUUC